UGUUCCCUAUACUGUAUUGAUCCAAUAAUUGACGGCAGAUGUGUCAAAAUAACACUCCGGAAAAGAAAAUUUUAACGUUAAAGCGAGUGUUUUAUUACAAUGAUAUUGUUAUAGCGAUUUUUGUUUCCAAUUAUCUAUAAUUAAAAACAAAAAUAUAAACAGGCUUUUAUAACCAUAUAUGAUACCAUCCUGUGGAAAUAGCAAAUUUAUAUCACACUGAAUAUCUCUGAGACAAAAAAUACAAUCGAAUCUCAUUGCGAGCUUAAUAAUUGCCAAAGAGAUUAUCUUAAAAUAAGAAGAAGAUAUAUAUUGCAUUGAAAGUUUGGACACCCUUACAUCGAAUAAAAUGGAGGUAGACAAAGACUCGUAUAUGUCAGCUAGCACUCGGAGAGAGAAAUACCUGAAGGUCCAAAAGAUGAUGGACAAUCUAUCACCAAACGACAAAAGCGAAAUUGAAGAGGUCAUAAGUAUUUUAAUGGAAUUGAUAGAUGAGCUCAAUAAUAAGAUGGCUAGUUCAACAUCCGAGAAUUUGGUUGUAAUGCUCGCAAUACUUCACUUAAAUUUAGGCACGAUAUAUGUAAAUUUGGACAAGACAAUAAUUGCCGAGAAAGAACUUAUAACGUGUACUGACUUAUUGAAAGACAUUGAACUGGAGCCUAGUAGUAUUAUGCCAAUGAUAAAAGCCCUCAAUCAACUGGGCAUACUUUAUGCAAAGUGUGAGGCAGAGAAAGCCAAGGUUUCUUUAGAAAAGGCUGAAAAGCUGUACACCGAGUUCACAGAGAACAUUCAACUCAUUCCAAUUGACAUAGAUGUCACAAUGGGCAUAGACACAGAAGGACUGGACGCCUGUAAGCUUCUGGAUAAGAUUCAUACGAUGACUCUAUUUUAUCUCGCGCAGGUAUACGGUGAAUUAAACGACAAGGACUGGUUCGCUGCGUACUGUCAUAAGACGCUGAGUAUGCAGCUCAGACUGGACAGCAUGGAUAAUAUCGACUGGGCUCUGAACGCCGCGACGCUGUCUCAGUACUUCAUAGACCACGAUAACUUCACCCAGGCGAGGUAUCACUUAGCCUCGGCAUCCUACAUACUGCAGAAGCACCGGGACGCGCUGGAGGCGAAGGGCCCAAAAGAGACCAGCGAGAGCAUCGCUGCGGAAUACGAGACCUACCAUCAUAGAUCCGCGGAUGUUGCUAGAUGCUGGGCGCAAUACGGUAUUACAUUACUGGGCACUUCCAAGGAGCGACUAUUAAAGAGAGUCGAGCAGGAAGAUCAGUCGGACGACUCGAGCUCCGCGGCAACGGCAACGGAGUCCAUGAAAUCUACGAUGGAGCUGAUGAAAUUUGUGGAUAUAGACCCGGAAUUGGAAGCCAUCGUUGGCCAGGUCACGGACCAGUACCUGCUCGACUUCGAGGACGCCAGGCCGGUGUUUCUGAACGUGCAGAAAUGGCUGAACGAGGCGAAGACGUACUACACCUUGAACAAUCACGCGUCGGACUAUGCGCGCAUCGUACAGGACAUCUCACAGGCGUUCAAGUUUCUAUUGUUCUACGAGGUGCACGAGGACAGGCAGGCGAAGAUGCACAAACGGCGGAUCGACAUACUCGAGAAUCUGGACCAGGGGCUGAAUUCGCGUUAUUAUCAAAAUAUCUCGCGGGAGAUCUGGCAGGAGCUCGGCGAGAUAUAUGCGGAGAUCAUGGAGAUCAAGCUCAGCCGUUUGCAGGCGUCCGACGAGAAGCCGACCGCCCAAAUGAUAACGAAGAUCAAUCAUCUGGCGAAGAACAGCAUUAAGUACUUCGACUGUUACGUGAAUUCACUCCCGAAGAUCAACAAGUUCGACGAGGUCCCGACGUACUCGGAUGAUUACCUGUACCAGGCGUUACACACGCAAUUUCUCAUGGGUAGAUUGCACGGCAAGAUCAUCACCUCCGACUUAAAGCUAAGGAUAGAGAACAUGCAAAACAGUCUCGACAAGUAUGAGUUUAUUAUGGAUUAUUGCAACAGGCAUCCGGAAAAGGAGGAAGAACUGAAGAAACACGAGUUCAUAAGUGUGUGCAGAGAAUUCGUUAGUUUGCUGCCGCUCACGUUACAUAGAAUGAAACAACAACUGACGGCUCAGUAAUUCGAUUUCUUUUUUACAAUUGUAUAUUUGUCUCAAGAACGUAAAGAGAUGUUUCAUUAAAUUUUCCUUCGAGGAUGUGACAUCUCGCCAAGCCUUUUUUCGUGGAAAGUAAAAAUGAGAAUCAGCGAGUCCCGUGUUUGCGAUAUGCGUGUCUCGGAUGUAUUUCAAAUGCACUUUUUGAUCGAUGCAAUUGUGAUCGAGAGAGAUGCAUUCGCUAUAUUUAUUAUUGAAGAGCGUAAAUGAGAAAUGAUUAUAAUGUAUAUUGCCACAUAUUAAAAAAAAAAAAUAUAUAUAUAUAUAUAUAUAUGCCGCGAAAGGGACACUAAUAUGUAAUCAACAUAAUAAUAGAUAGUGGUAUUUA